AUGGCUACUUUAGCCUCGUCCGCUGCGCCUCUACCAAAUGGUGGCUUGGUUGACCCCACGAAGCAAGCAGAAUAUCCCAUUCUCUUGGGAGACAAGUUGGCUCGAAGGGAAGAAGCUAGCGGCAAUGGAUUUAUCAGCAUCACAUACAACCAUAAGAGCAAGUCAGCUUCUCGACAGCAGCGUGCAACAAUCACUGCAACGGACUCUUCUCGGCAUCUUUACAAGCUCACACUGCAGGACAAAGGCCCCAAUGCAGACCAGAACAUUGUACACACAUACCAAGGCAGCGUUGAUCCCACUUCCCCACUUUCCGUGUCAGAGACUGGCAAUUUGGUCUUGGUGUUUGACCCAAAGCGAAAAGCGUUUAUUCUUGAACUUGUCAUGACCAGGCUGAAUUUCAACCUUCGAUCUGCCCCUGGGAAAUCUACCCAACAAGUUACAGAGCAAUAUCCGCAGCUUAAUGUUCUCUCUGGAGAGGAUCAGGUAUCCGGCGAUGAUCAACUUCUGGAAAAACCGGGUGAAGAUGAUGCGGAAGGUGCUCCGGAUGACAGCAAUCCGUAUGAUUUUCGACACUUUCUUCCAAAAUCUAAAGCCGACGACGAUAUACCUGAAUCCAUUACACCUGAUCCACAUCAAGUUACCGCGAGUCAACCAGCUUCUCGAUUGGCACCACCACAGCCACCACCAUUGUCCAGCGGGAAACCCAGGCCGAAGCCUGCUGCAAAAGCCAAACCUCAGACAAACCCUCUCCGACCGCUGAAACGCCUGCCGAAGUCAAUAACUAAUCCCAAAAUGGCGACUAUACCCAAACCUCAAUCCGCUCCUCUUGUUGAGGAAGUGGGCUUGGUCCCUGAUUCAGCGUCAGAUGGAGCGUCAGACGGAGAAGAAGAAGAAACUACUACACAAAAUGUGGUCGAUAAUACGGCAUCACAGCCUGCUGCAUCACCCGGAGCAAAUAUAAUUGUUGACGGCGACCUGAUUAUUGAUAUGGGUUCUCCGCCCCCCGCACGACCGGUCUUCAAAAUAAAUCCUCGUCAUUUCUCGUCGAACAAUACCUCUGCCAAUGAGGCAGACUACGAUAGUGAUGAUGAUGGGGAGAUAGAAGAUUUGAGAUUGCCGUCUCCAGCUGGCGCCUCGUACCACGGACAUGAAGAUGACGAAGAGGAGGAAGACGAUGAGGAAGAACAAGAAAGAGAAAGAGAAAGAGGAGAAACCAGGCAGGAUGACGUUAUAGAUGAUGAUGAUUUGGCUGCUGAGAUGGAAGCUGCUUUUGAAGAGAGUGCAAGAGAAGAAGAACAGGAGAGGGCUCAGCAGCAGCUGCUGCUGCAACAGCAGAUGCAACACCACAUUGUUAGCGAGGAUGAAAGCGAAGUAAGUGAAGAAGAGUAA